AUGAGCAUCUGUGAGCAGGUAACUCCCCGGCUAUCUCAUGCCAACUCAGCAGUGGUGCUUUCAGCAGUAAAAGUCCUAAUGAAAUUUCUAGAGUUGUUACCCAAGGACUCUGACUACUAUAAUAGGCUGCUAAAGAAGUUGGCCCCUCCACUUGUCACUUUGCUGUCUGGGGAGCCAGAGGUGCGGUAUGUCGCCCUGAGGAACAUCAACCUAACUGUUCAGAAAAGGCCUGAAAUCUUAAAGCAGGAAAUCAAAGUCUUCUUUGUGAAGUAUAAUGAUCCCAUCUAUGUUAAACUAGAGAAGCUGGACAUCAUGAUUCAUUUGGCAUCCCAAGCCAGUAUUGCUCAGGUGCUGGCAGAGCUGAAGGAAUAUGCCACGGAGGUGGAUGCUGACUUUGUUCACAAAGCUGUGAGGGCCAUUGGACGGUGUGCCAUCAAGGUGGAGCAAUCUGCAGAACGUUGUGUGAGCACAUUGCUUGAUCUCAUCCAAACCAAAGUAAAUUAUGUGGUCCAAGAGGCGAUAGUUAUCAUCAGGGACAUCUACAAGUAUCCCAACAAGUAUGAAAGCAUCAUUGCCACUCUGUGUGAGAACUUAGACUCUCUGGAUGAGCCAGAUGCAUGAGCAGCUAUGAUUUGGAUUGUGGGCGAAUAUGCUGAACGAAUUGACAAUGCAGAUGAAUUACUAGAGAGCUUCCUGGAGGGUUUUCAUGAUGAGAGCACCCAAGUGCAACUCACUCUGCUCACUGCCAUAGUGAAGCUGUUUCUCAAGAAACCAUCAGAAACACAGGAGCUGGUACAGCAGGUCUUGAGUUUGGCAACACAGGAUUCUGAUAAUCCUGACCUUUGAGACAGGGGCUAUAUUUAUUGGUGGCUUCUCUCAACCGACCCUGUCACAGCCAAAGUAGUAGUCUUGUCUGAGAAGCCACUGAUCUCUGAGGAGACAGAUCUUAUUGAGCCAACUCUGCUGGAUGAGCUAAUCUGCCACAUUGGCUCUUUGGCCUCUGUGUACCACAAGCCUCCCAAUGCUUCUGUGGAAGGAAGUCACGGAAUCCAUUGCAAACACUUGCCAAUACAUCAUGGGAGCACUGAUGCAGGUGACAGUCCUGUUGGCACCGCCACUGCUACCAACCUGGAACAGACUCAGGUUAUUCCCUCUCAAGGUGACCUUGAUCUCGGUCCACCAGUCAAUGUGCCACAGGUAACCUCCAUGCAGAUGGGAGUAGUGGAUCUCUUUGGAGGAGGACUAGAUAGUCUGGUGGGACAAUCCUUCAUUCCAUCAUCAGUGCCUGCAACCUUUGCUCCUUCACCUACUCUUGUGGUCAGCAGUUGUCUGAAUGAUCUAUUUGAACUCUCUACGGGGAUAGGCAUGGUCCAUGGUGGAUAUGUGGCUCCUAAGGCUGUCUGGCUGCCUGCAGUAAAGGCCAAAGGCUUGGAGAUUUCUGGAACAUUUACUCAUUGUCAGGGACACAUCUAUAUGGAAAUGAACUUCACUAACAAAGCUCUGCAGCAUAUGACAGACUUUGCAAUCCAGUUUAACAAGAAUAGCUUUGGCGUCAUCCCCAGCACUCCUCUGGCCAUCCAUACACCACUGAUGCCAAAUCAGAGCAUUGAUGCCUACCUGCCUCUCAACACCUUGGGUCCAGUCAUGAAGAUGGAAGCUCUGAAUAACCUACAGGUAGCUGUGAAAAACAAUAUUGAUGUCUUCUACUUCAGCUGCCUCAUCCCACUCAAUGUGCUUUUUGUAGAAGAUGGCAAAAUGGAGUGCCAGGUCUUUCUUGCAACAUGGAAGGGUAUUCCCAGUGAAAAUGAACUUCAGUUUCAGAUUAAAGAAUGUCAUUUAAAUGCUGACACUGUUUCCAGCAAGUUGCAAAACAACAACGUUUAUACUAUUGUCAAGAGGAAUGUGGAAGGGCAGGACAUGCUGUACCAAUCUCUGAAGCUCACUAAUGGCAUUUGGAUCUUGGCUGAGCUAUGUAUCCAGCAUGGAAAGCCCAAUUAUACACUGUUGCUGAAGUGUAGAGCUCCUGAAGUCUCUCAGUACAUCUAUCAGGUCUACGACAGCAUUUUGAAAAACUAAUAGACUGCUCUGGUGCCCUCCGGCCACCCUGUGAACAGUGCAAGCCAAGAACUCUUAACUAGAAGAAAUUGUUUUGCCGUGUAGAAGCUGAACCUAAAUACACUGA